CAGCCAAAUAGCUCGGCCGCUGGGCCAUAACGCCUGCGAAAAGUCUCUUUUCCAGUCGCAUAGAUCAUAAGAUCGACCUGUGCGGCGGCCCGCAUGCUGAACCGAGCCCUACUGGCAGUCCUGGUGAAUACAGGAGCAGCACUUCAGAGCACAGCCAUGGUGGAGCCGCCCGUGCGGCCAUUCUGCGGCUGCUACCUCUUAAGAUCUUGCGACCCGGCGCACCCGCGCAGUUCGUACAUCGGGUUCACCGUAAAUCCCUUGAGGCGCGUGCGCCAGCACAACGGCGAGAUCCAGGGCGGCGCCAGGAGAACGCGGCGCCACCGGCCGUGGGAGGCCGUGGCACUGGUCGACGGCUUCGCGUCGCAAGUCGAAGCGCUCCAGUUCGAGUGGGCCUGGCAGCACCCCGAGAAGUCCCUGGCCGUGCGCGGCGCGCUCGACGGCAAGAGGAAGGCGCGGACGGGCUGGAAGAGUAGGCUGGCGCUGCUCGAGGUCAUGUGCGACGGCGUGGAUGCCUGGCGCGGCGUCCAGGUGCGCGUUUGUAUUGAGGACGCGCUCCCCGAUUCAGACUUCUGGCGGUCGGCGCGCGUCUCGGUCGGCCCCUUGGACGCGUGGCCGCCGGCGGUCGCGGCGUCCCGCGUCGUGGCGCGGCGGCGCGUCGUCGACGAGGUCGCGGAUUGCGCGGCUUGUGGUCAGCCAUGCGCGCCGACAACAACCGGCGCCUUUGUGGCGUGCGAGCGGUGCGGCGCGCCCACUCAUUUAACCUGCCUCGCGGAGCAAGCCCUGCGGCGGCGCGGCGCCCCGGCCUGCGCCCUCGUGCCGCCGGCCGGCGCGUGCCCCGUCUGCGACCACGAGAGCGACUGGACGGUCGUCGUCCGCGCGGCGAAGCGAUCGCUCCGCGAGGCGGCGCGGCCGCCACCGCCGCCCGUCGCGACGCCGGCGCCGCGGCGCGCGCGCGCGCCGGCGCCGGCGCCGGCCUCCGACGACGACGACGUCUUCGACCUCACGCAGACGCAGGCCACGCAGGAGACGGUCGCGCCGGAGGAGUCCGACGACGACGACGUGGUCGACCUGUGCUCGCCGGUACCACCCGCUCUGUAA